AUGGAGCUUCUAAUUCUCUCAAUCUUCACGUUCUUUUUCUUCUCACGUGCUGACUUACCCGGCACGUGGGAUCUUCUAGUCCCAAACGCAGGCAUAUCCUCCAUGCACACUGCAGUUACUCGCUUCAACACCGUAGUCCUUUUAGACCGGACCAACAUAGGUCCAUCUCGUAAAAUGCUACGCAAAGGCCACUGCCGUUUCGACCCCCACGACGCCGUUCUCAAGCGAGAUUGCUAUGCUCACUCCGUUCUCUUGGAUCUCCAAACCAAUCAAAUCCGUCCACUCAUGAUCCUCACCGACACCUGGUGCUCAUCUGGUCAGUUUCUCCCUGAUGGCACUCUUUUACAGACAGGUGGUGACAUGGACGGGUUCCAGAAGAUCCGAAAGUUCGACCCUUGUGACUUUAACGGGUCUUGUGACUGGGUCGAACUUGAUGGCGUGGAAUUGAGUGAGGGCAGAUGGUAUGCUACUAAUCAGAUUCUCCCCGACGGGUCGGUGAUUAUUAUUGGGGGUAGAGCAGCCAACACUGUAGAGUACUAUCCACCUCGAAACGGUGCCGUGUCGUUUCCAUUUCUUGCUGACGUGGAAGAUAAACAGAUGGACAAUUUAUACCCUUACGUCCAUCUCCUCCCUAACGGUAAACUUUUUGUGUUCGCUAAUACCAGAGCAGUUUUAUUUGAUCACGAGACAAAUAAAGUUGUGAAAGAAUAUCCACCCUUGGACGGGGGCCCAAGGAAUUACCCGUCAGCUGGAUCAUCAGUCAUGUUACCGUUAGAGGGUGAUUAUUCGACGGCUGUGAUUGUUAUUUGUGGCGGGGCCCAGUAUGGCGCUUUCAUCCAGAGGAGCACCGACACCCCGGCGCACGGUGGGUGUGGGCGUAUUGUAGCUACAUCACCUAACCCGAUUUGGGAAAUGGAGGACAUGGCAUUCGGGCGGAUCAUGGGUGACAUGGUAAUGUUACCCACGGGUGAGGUUCUAGUUAUUAAUGGAGCUCAAGCUGGGACCCAAGGAUUUGAGAUGGCAUCGAACCCGUGUUUGUAUCCACUUCUCUACAGACCUGGUCAACCCGCUGGGUUACGGUUCAUGACAUUAAACCCGGGAACUGUACCCAGAUUGUACCAUUCAACAGCUAACCUGCUACCGGACGGUCGUGUAUUAAUAGCAGGAAGUAACCCACAUUAUUUGUACCGAUUCAAAGCUGAAUUCCCAACUGAAUUACGAAUUGAAGCAUUUUCACCAGAAUAUUUGUCACCGGAUCGGGCUAACAUUCGACCCGUAAUUGAGGAAAUACCCGAUACGGUGAGCUACGGGGAGGCUUUUCAUGUGUUGAUAUCCGUCCCUUUGCCCGUCGUGGGAAUCGUAGAUGUUAAUUUUGCAAGUGCACCCUUUGCAACACAUUCAUUCUCACAAGGACAAAGAUUGGUUAAAUUGACGGUUACACCCUCCGUUCCGGAUAGUGGAAAUCGGUAUAAAAUUGGGUGCACAGCGCCCCCAAGUGGAGCGGUGGCUCCACCAGGUUACUACAUGGUUUUUGCAGUCAAUCAGGGCGUGCCAAGUGUCGCACGCUGGGUGCAUUUGGUGGCUUAA